GCAAACAGGAAACCUGUCGCAGCCUGACCAAAGCAACGGGCAUCCCUGGUCUGAGAAUUGUGCGGUCGUGAUGCUGCAGCACCGUGCUUGGCAGCGCAAUGCGCACUUGGUUCGCCGGGCAAAGCUUAGGCAUGAAGGUUCCCGCCCAAGUCGGGGCAUCCAAAUACGCCAGCUGUUGACGCGGUCACGAUGUCAACACGGAAAUGCGCCUGGCGCGCCAUUUCCGCAGCAGCCCCAACCACACACCUCACCAGCCACACCACGCGGUCCCACGGCCACGCUUUUCGGCCGCGACGACGUCUUUCAUCCACAUCAAGGCCCGCUGGUGGUUCCUCAGCGCCGGUACGCGCAUGCGUCGUCGCCUCGCCUAGGCACUCGAGGUGACGAGCAGCGCAGAGUGGUAGGCUGUGGGGCGCCCACGGCUUCUGAUAGGCCCUCCUUGUGGGGAAGCGUGCCGAAUCCCGAGAGCCAAGGGCUGUCUGCCUCUGCCGAUCAAGAGCCCCUGAACGCCGGCUUUGGUGGCCAGCAUUCAGGCCGGGUCCGUCUUGGCCCGGUGGUCGGAAGCCCAUCCUGCGUGACCUCCCUGUCGCCGCCCUCCCGCCCACACUCUAGGAGAUACUUCUCUUUCAGCCAAACGAAGCGAGACAGCGACUCAAAAAAGCACGGCCGCGGAGAUGACGAACCAUCCCUUGGUUGCCGCAUGCUCGAGUCGGCGGCCACCUCGUUUGCUUCUAUCUUCGUGCUAGCUCUCGGAUUCGGCGCUGCCGGCUAUGGAUACCACAAAUUCUACAAGCAUCUGGUGCUCCAGAAAAUGCAAGGCGCCUUUGAACCCGGAGAUCCUGUCCUAGACCUCGCGGCGAUGAGCAAGGGCAUGACGGCAUCGCCACCGACGACGCAUAUCAAGGGCGAUCAUAAUGUCGAGGAAACUCCGCACUGGGUGCAGCGUUUCGAGCAGCAAAAGGUCAACGACAUUGUAGCCGGACAAGAGGCUGGGCACUACUACCUGUUUCUGGGCGAAAAGGGCACAGGCAAGAGCAGCAUGCUGCUCGACGCAAUGCGCAAGAUCGACGGCGACGGUGUCGCCAUGUUCGAGGCCCACGCCGACCUCGAGAUCUUCCGCAUCCGCCUCGGCAGGGCGCUCGACUACGAGUUCCAUGAGGACUACAUCGGCAGCUACUUUAGCGAGCGCGGGCCUCGCGACACCACGGCCCUGCUCGACAUAGAGCGCGCCCUGAAUAAGCUCGAGAAGGUGGCCAUGCUCCACCGCAAGAAGCGGCCCGGCCGACCGCUCGUCGUCAUCAUCAACCAGAUGCACCUGGUGCGCGACGACGACGACGGCAAGGACCUCCUGGAGCUGCUCCAGCAGCGCGCCGAGCAGUGGGCCGCCGCGAAGCUCGUCACCAUUGUCUUCAACAGCGACGACUACUGGGUGUACGAGCGCUUCAAGCAGCUCGCCACGCGCAUGGAGGUGAUGAGCAUCCAUGACCUGCCCAAGACCGAGGCCACGGCUGCGCUCAAAAAGUACCGCCUCCGCCACUUCCAACAGCACCUCUCUGACGACCUAGCCGAGAAAAUAUAUGACAAGGUCGGCGGCCGCCUGUCCUUCCUGAACCGUGUCGCCAAGGUCAAGGACAGUGACAGGAUGCUCAAGAAAUGCGACGACAUUAUCGAGAUGGAGAAGACCUGGUUUCUCAACCAGUGUUGGGUCCUCGGCAUGGAGAUGGACGACGACGUGAUGGAUCAACAGAAGUGGGCGGCUGCGGCAAUGGUCCUCGUACUAGCUCUCGUUGACAAGGAGUCCGAAAUGGACAAGACGUAUGACCCGGUUAAAGGCCACGUCCUACCGUCGUUUGCCCUCCACCAGGCACAGCAGAUCAUGACGCGCGCUGACUUCGUGCGCGCCCUGGACCGCCUCAACCUCUUCACCAUUACCAGCAAGGCCCAGGUGCGAGCCUCGUCGGUGCCCAUGCAGAUGGCCUUCCGCGAGAUCUGCUCCGAGCCGGGCUUCCGCAAGCACCUGGACGAUAGCAUACUGCGCAUCGCCGACAUUGAGAGCCUCGGCCGCACGCGCGAGCUCGUCGCCAAGGAUCUGGUCAUUGGCGGCCACUACGAGAUCGAGAUGCAGCCGCCCUCGGGUGCCGCGGGCGGUGGGGGCGGUCGUCCUUCCAAGGCAGUGGUCAGGCUGAGGGAACUGCCUGGCACUCGCCCGGCCGCAUCGACCAGGCCUGUCGACGAAGAGGAUGAAUCUACGUAGCACCUAACCCCUCUUUGCUACCACCCUCCCUCGUAUCGAAUGUUUCCCCCCUACGUCGGAUGUUUUUUCUUCUUUCUUUUUCUUUGUUCUUCUUUGUUUUUUUUGUUCUUGCUCUGCGCCUCACACUUGCUUCUUUUGCUUUUUCUUUUUGUUUCCAUGGAAUCUUCUCUGAUACUUUAGGCAUGUCGUCGCUGAUCAUCCGGGGGUGGCGGCUGUCAUUGUGUGACAGGCCCCUUUCUUAUUUCCUUUUGUACAAUCCUGUAACAAUAGAUCCAGGGAGCACGAAAAUAGCCACUGUACUUGCUACUAACGUGCGUAGCGGCAAGCCUCACCUCCCCUUGCCAGCCUCUCACGCCUGAUCAAAAAAAAACGGAAC